AGAACAGCCAAGCCACCACCAAGACCCACCACACUCGAAGGAAGACAACCAACCAUCCCCUCACAAACAGAACUUCAAGCAAGGAUGUCGAGUCGCUGGCGAGAACGAAAAGCGACCUUGGUAUCUUCUGCGGAGCUACAGGCCCGGCGGAAGGCCUUACUAGCGCCGGUACAGCGGUAUCGCCGAGGAUGGGUCCAGCUGCGGGCGGAUUCGGCCUACAAGGUUCUCAAAUGGGUCCCACGAGACAUGGUCCCAGGUACGACGAGCUCGGUGGGACAGCUGGAGGGGUUUUUCGAGGAGGCAGACGAAAUUGAUGCGUCGACGGACGAGGAAGAGGAGGAAGAGGAGGGGGACGAACGAGAGGGGGAUGAGUCGGAAGUAGACGUUGUGGGCUCGGGGCGGGGCCGAUCGACGGGCGAGGCUGAGGAGACCAACGAGCCCUCGUCGGCGAGGAGCCACAAGGGCCUCAAGAUGGAACGGAAGACGUCGAAGGCCGUCGAGGAUACUGAGCGGGUCGGCGGCCAGCUGGCCGGCCUCGAGACCGGCCAGAUUGCUGAGCAGAUCGAGAUCGACGAAGACGAUGAGGAAGAGGAGGAGCUCGGGGAUCAGACCGCCGUUGACCAGGAGCCUCAGAGUCAGACAUUCCCGAUGGACGAAGACGAGGACGAAGACGGCCGCGAACAGGCCGUCAUGAUCGCCCCCUACUCUUCCCAUUCGGAACCUGCCCCCUUGUCCACCACCUCCUCAAUCCUUCCCCCGGGCCAGCAAACAUCUACGAAUGAUCUGUCCGCAGACCAUAUUCCCGGUCUGAGAAUUACCGCAGAACUCACUCAACCAUCUUAUACCUCGUCCACAGAUCAGCAACCGUUGCUCGGGGCUACACCCAACACUUCCCAACCGAUCCCGUCGAUCGUUUACCCCACCCAAGCUCCUGAGCUGAGCCUAGAGGAGACAGACCAAGGCUUAUCAGCACCGCUAUCCAACACGUCAGGAGCCCAAUCAGACCUAGUUCAACCGGAACAAGUAUCCGCCGAAGAUCCGGGCCACAUGAUCGAUUCAAAUGGUCCCGAGAUAGGCGCACCAACCAUUGACGUUUCUGGCGCGGUCUCUGGACCAGAAGAUCCCUCCCCGGCCGCCUCGAUGGCUUGAUCUCACUCCAAUAGCCCUCUCUCUCCCUCCCUCCCACUCUAUAUCUCCCAUGGGCAUGCAUCCACGCCCCCGAACGUUUUUUUUCACACUUUGUUGUUGUACGCACCCUUCUUAUACCCCGAGAUCUCUCCUAUUAGAACAGCUGUUUUGUUUGUUGUAAUUCAAAAGUCAAGAAAGAGACCCAGAGUUUCUGCUCAUAUAUAUAUAUAUAUCCAGUCAAUAUAUACGACAUCUUG